AUGUCAGAUUUUGGUCAAUGUAGUGAUCCAUUAUGUACUAAACAAGAUGUUCGUCUUUUUGAUUGUGCUCAUCAUUGUAUGAGAUUAGUUUGUCUUCAACAUUUAAUUGAACAUGAUCGAUUGAUUGAUCAGAAUCAAGAUUAUUCUGAUAAACUUCGUUGCGAACUUAAACAAUUAUGGACAACAUAUUCAUUAUUAAUUGAUGAAACAAAACUUCGUCUUGAAUAUGAACAAAAAUUAGAAAAACAUCAACAAUUAGUACAAGAUGUAACAAAUCUAUUUGAAUAUGAUUUUGUUAAUAUUGAACGAUAUCACUCUGUAUUGGAAAUACUUAAACAAAAUAUUGAACAAGGAAAACAAUUAAAUCAAAAUUCUUCAACAUGUGCUUUAUAUCUAGAAAAAAUUAAAAACGAACCAUUGGAUAACAUUUUAACUACUAAUGAACAUAAUUUCAUUAAUGUUAAUGAAAUAUAUCCAAGAUUUACUGAAAAAUUCACUGAUGAUGACGAUGAUGAUAAAUUACAAAAACAAUCGAUUUUGAAUAACGGCUAUGCUUACCAAGUUGAUAACAUAACACAAAAUAAUAUAACUAAUAAUUCAAUGCAAAAAUAUCGAUCAAUUCGUAAAAUGUCUGGUAAAUGUCCAUUUUGGUUAGAUGGUUCAUUUGGUUUAACUGAAAAUUUUCAUGGAAUGUAUUUAUGUUCACAUGGAAGAUAUUAUCAAGAUUUCUUUCGUCAUUUACUUAAAUUUCAUCAAUUAACUUUAUCAGCAACAACAAGAAUUUGUCAUGCAAUUCAAAAUGAUGAAGAUUCAAUAACAAAAAUUUUAUUUCAACCAAAUGAUAUUGUAAUUGAUCGUACAACUCGUUUCCGAUGUCCAUUUAGUAUUUAUAAUAGUACAUCAUCGAUAAAACCGACUUCCAAUGAACGUCAUUGUCGACGCGAUAAACCACAAUUGGCAUAUACAUUACGUUGUCAUUUAAUUCGUUUUCAUCGUAUGAAAACAUCAAAUGCAAAUAAACUUAUCUGUAGAUCAAAAGCUAAUUUAAAACAUAUUCUAAAUUAG